UUUUGGCUCCAGUUGCGCCGUCACCCGGACCGGACAACGCCCUGAACCCCGUCGCAGCCGUGCGAACCCCGGUCGCAGCCAUGGGACGCCGAAGCGGAAUGGCCACGCUUACCGCGCUGGCCUUCGGCACGUGGGCCUUUGUGGGCUCCGGCCCGACGAGGCACGAACCCCGGACCUCCAUGAAUGGCUACCGACUGGACCGAAUGCUCGAAGCCAAGGAUGGCGAUCGCUCCCUCCAGGUCUCUGAGGGCUUCUGGGUGGGAGAGAAGGGCUUUGAGAAGUCGCAGUGGGCUCAGGGCUACCGUUACCGCAUGCGCGCUUCGCCGGAAGAGGUGAAGAAGGGCAUCGACACGCCUCCCAUCUUCCAGUUGGGGCCCAUCAAGAUCAAGUUGGGGGAGAUGCUUGGUGGGACUGGCAACAACGACAAUUUGCGCCGCUUGAAGAAGGAGAUCGCCCAGGCAGGAUUGGAGGAUCCCAAGAAGAUUGCCGAGAACGAGUACUGGUUGAAGCGCUAUGGACACAAGCGUUGGUUCCCCAAGUAUGUGGACCAGUCGGGCGCCCCCAAUCAGAAUGGCCUCUUCCGUGGAUUGGCCGCCUGGUCUGGCUUUGAUCCCCUCAACGAGGAGCGUGGCACGUCCUGGAUUGAGGCUGAUUAUGGCAAGCCGUUGAUGAAGGGCAAGAAGGACAUGCAGUUGCCGGGUCUUCUCACCAAGGAGCAGAUGCAGUUGGAGCUGGACAGUGGCAAGCUGCCAAAAGCCUUGCCAAAGUGAGGGCCAACAGUUUGAGUGCGAGUUGCCCGUUUCACAUCAAGGCUUCAAACGCGGAUGACCUGUGUUUGGGCGUCGCAGCAAUGUUAGGGGCUGCGCGAGUUGACGCUUCAUGGCAGGCUUUUUUGAAGCGGGAAGGCCGACUUUCGAUACCAUGGAGACAUGAAAG